UUAUGCUAACCUGAUGUUAGACACAGAAGUGACAGGUCUGUACGUUUUAAUACUUCAUCUGGUUCAAGUCAAGAACAAACGUCAACUUGUACUUUCUCACAACAACCGCAGAAGUAUCGUCUGGAUACAGUAAAGUAAACCUCAGUAUCGUUAUUUUACCAGACAACAUGGCUGUGUUUAAGAACUGUUCCGUGCUUUUCGAGCUGAAGAACUUGCCUUUCAAGGAGAAGAAGCAGCUCAAAUCAGCAGUAACCGAGAAUGGAGGCAACAUUUCCUUCGUGGUCAAUAACCAGUGCUCUCUGAUAGUGACCAGUGACCCGUCCAACCUCAGCUCCAGCAGGCUGCGUGGUAUCCAGAAAUACCAAAUACCCGUAGUCGGGGUGGAUUAUGUGUACAGCUGUCUGAAGAAAGGAGUUCUUCUGCCCGUGGAUGAAUACAAGCUGGAUUCUACCUCUCCCGUCGCUUUUUCACCUCCUCUUCCUUUCUCCUCACAGACACAAAGUCCACUCUCACAUAAAGUGUCCAAAGUACAAACCAACAAAGCAGUUGCAGAGCCUUCCAAAGGCUCAGCCGGGCUUCAGAGGGCAGAGACUCCGGAGAGGAGCGGAAACGUCCUGGAAAAGUUCAGAAUUUAUACUGAAACUGAUUCUGAUCUUCCAACGUAUCCGGAUAAUUUUGAAGUGGCCAAGUAUUCAAUCUUUGAAAAGACAAACAGCAACUUUUGCUGUGUGCUGGAGCUGCAGAGUUUCAAAGGGGACAAAGGACGGCAGUACCGUGUGGUCAGGUGCUGUAAGGAUAAUGUAGGAGCCAAGAAAGUGAAGGACAUGUUGGUGUUUCCGUCCACAUCAGAGGAAGCUGUGGAUGUGUACGAGGCCCUCAGAGAGAAACUGCACACGACUGGUCUGCAGCUGAUGAGCAAAAUCCCUCCACAAGCACUGGACCUGGGCUCCAACCCCCUCCAGCAACUGCUGCUUGAGGAGAAGCUGAACACAGGAAGCUUAUCCCAGGAAGUGGGCGUAUUUGUGGAGCUUCUGUGGACCGAGGCCCUGGGCUGUCUUGACAGCGUCCUCAGAGUUUCAAUCGACAAGCUCAGCCUCAAUGAUGUGAGCAGGGUGGAGGGCUUGUUGCUUCAGGCUCAGAGGAAGCUGAGAGAGGCUAAUCAAACUGAGAUGGCAUCUCUCCUGGAUGAGGUUUACACCCUGCUGCCGCACAGAGAGCCCCCACUAUCCCCCACUGCCAAGCUCAUCUCUCAGAAACUGGACCUCUGUCAGUUAAUCAGAGAUGUUCUAAACGUGAGUGAGAUGACACUGAGAAGCCCAGUGCCUUCCUGUCUUGGGAAGUACCGCGCUCUGAGAUGCAGCAUUGAGACUGUUCCCCCCAGCAGCUCGGAGUUUCAGGCUGUGACGUCUCUGCUGCGGGGCAGCAAGGUACAGAUCCAACGGGUGCUGCGUGUCAGCAGAGGGGUGGAGCUUCAGAUGUUUAAGAGUGAGCUCGGGAACAUUAAGCCCCUCCUCCAUUCCUCCAGCCCCAGAAACUUUGUGGGAGUCCUGUCUCGUGGUCUGCUGCUGCCCCGUGUUGGAGUGGAGCAUCAUGGGAUAGAGAGAACAGAUGUUGGUAAUCUGGGCAGUGGAAUCUACUUUAGUGAUGCCAUGAGCACCAGUUUGAAGUACUCUAAGCCCAGUGAGACAGACGGCUCUCGGCUGCUUUUGGUUUGUGAUGUGGCAUUGGGACGCUGCAAGGAUGUCCACAAGAGAGACCUCACACUGACCCAGGCUCCUGAGGGACACCACAGUGUGCAUGGUGUCCGCAGCACCCAUAAAACUCACUCUGAGUUUGAGGAUGACGAAUACGUGGUGUACAGUCCUGAACAGGUGAAACUGAAGUACGUGGUUCAGUUUAGCAUAGAGGGAGACCAAAUAAAGGAGUUCAGUCCUGCCAUCAAUACCUCAGCUGAGCCUAGCCUGCCCUCUUCUGACCAAGAGCUCGGUUUGGAGGAUGACGGGGUUGAAAGCAUUAAAAACCCACUGGAGGGUGUGACAGCUGGACUUUUGGACAGCUCUGGUCAGCAGCUCCCUCUGCAGGCCGUCCACGUGAAGUGCAAACUGAUGGAUCUGCUCUCUCAGGUCGUCAUUUUCCAAAAGUACACCAAUCUGAGCUCUGUGCCAAUUGAGGCCAAGUAUGUCUUCCCAUUGGAUGAUUCUGCAGCAGUGUGUGGAUUUGAAGCUUUCAUCAAUGGGAAACAUGUGGUGGGACAGGUAAAGGAGAAAGAGACGGCCCGCAAGGAGUACAAGCAGGCUAUUGAGAAAGGCCAUGGAGCCUACCUCAUGGACCAGGACGCCCCUGAUGUGUUCACCAUCAGUGUGGGCAAUCUGCCCCCGGGUGCGACUGUCCUCAUUAAAGUCACCUUUGUGUCUGAGCUGAUCGUCAGGGACGGGAGCAUCCUCUUCUCCCUCCCUGGGAGUGUGGCUCCGUGGCAGGAGGGUGCAGCGCUCAACCAGACCACACAAGUCACUGUGGAGAAGGUGUGUGUGACCGAUGAGGAAGCAAGUACGAGAGAGUUCACCCUGGACAUGUCAAUCGAGAUGCCCUAUGAGAUCUCCAGCCUAAAGAGCACCACUCACAAAAUCAAGAUGAAGAGAACAGACUGUAAGGCGGUGGUGAGCGUGCUGCCGGGAGAGGUCAUGGGUCCAGAAGGUUUCCAGCUGUCAGUCACUCUGUCUGAGGUGCACCUGCCUAGGAUGUGGGUUGAGAAACACCCUGACAAGGACAGCCAGGCCUGCAUGUUGGUUUUCUAUCCAGACUUUGACAUCAACUCCAUUUCAGCAUCCGAUGAAGUCGUCCUGUUGCUGGACACAUCUGAGUCCAUGAAGGGAGAAUCUCUCCGCAUGGCCCAGAGAAUUGCCCUGCAGGUCCUCAAAACCCUUGACCGAAACCUCAGACUCAAUGUCAUUUUCUUUGGCACAGAUCACACAGAAACUUUCCCGACAGCACAACCUCUUGCUGAAUCUCGUCAGGCAGCCGAGAGCUUCAUCAAGCUCUGCUCCUCUACCGCCUAUCAGCGCUUCUCUCCAGUAGGAGGCAGCACUGAGCUGUGGCGGCCCCUGCGAGCGCUCAGCCUGCUGCCUCCGUCCCGAGGCGUCAGGAACCUGCUGCUGCUGUCGGACGGCCACAUCCAGAACGCAGAGCUCACCUUGCAGCUGCUCAGAGACAACGCUCAGCACAGCCGCCUCUUCACAUGCGGCCUCAGCCCGACAGCCAAUCGGCACAUGCUGAGAGCCCUGGCCCAGGCAGGGGGUGGAGCCUUCGAAUUCUUCGACACAAAAACCAAACACAACUGGGCAGAGAAGGUGGCUCGUCAGGUGAAGCGUAUGGCUUCUCCUGGUUGCAGUUCAGUUUCAGUGAAGUGGCAACAAUUUAAUCCAACAGCGCCCCCUCCCGUGCAAGCUCCCAAGCAGCUCCAUGCUCUGUUCAAUGACUGUCAUACCCUGGUUUAUGGCUUUGUGCCGCACUGCACUCAGGCCACCCUUCUUGGUAACCUGAGUGGUCAGGAGCUCAAAACCAUGGUGUCAACCAGUGAGCUGCAGAAAACCAGGGGCACAUUUCUGCACAAGCUCACAGCAAGGGCCCUCAUCAGGGAUUAUGAAGACGGAAGCCUGGACACCAAUGAAGCUGAACAUGAGGGGAAGAAAGCAGAGUUGAAGCGCUUCAUCAUCGAGUUAAGCAGAGAGUUCUCCAUCCUGUCUCAGUUCACCAGCUUUGUGGCCAUCGAGGAAAGGGACUCAGAACAAACAGAGACGGGUUUCACAGACAUCCCCAAGCUGAUCGCAGAGGAAGAUGUGGAUGUCCUCCCCUACAUCAGCUGGAUUUCUCCUCAGGAUAGUUAUGAGGAAGGAAGGAGGGAAGAGUUGGAUUUGAGUGAUUUGAUAACGGAAGGUGCAUGUUUUCAGGAGGGUGAAGAUGAGAGAGACAUUUCUGUAGGAGCCAGAGCCUAUGCAAGAUAUUCACCCGCGGAAGAUAAUUAUCUUGAUGAGGAUGAAGAUGAGGGAGAUGUUUUGGCAGAUGAGGCCGAAGUCUCUCAUGAUUAUUCACCCACGGAAGAUAAUUAUCUUGAUGAGGAUGAAGAUGAGGGAGAUGUUUUGGCAGAUGAGGCCGAAGUCUCUCAUGAUUAUUCACCCACGGAAGAUAAUUAUCUUGAUGAGGAUGAAGAUGAGGGAGAUGUUUUGGCAGAUGAGGCCGAAGUCUCUCAUGAUUAUUCACCCACGGGUGGAUUCUUCAAGAACGGAUGGACAGAAGGGGAGGAAGAGUGUUUUGAAACUUUGCCGAUGGAAGGUGCAUGUUUUCGGGAGGGUGAAGAUGAGAGACACAUUUCUGUAGGAGCCAGAGCCUUUGCAAGAUAUUCACCCGCGGGUGGAUUCUUCAAGAACGGAUGGACAGAAGGGGAGGAAGAGUGUUUUGAAACUUUGCCGAUGGAAGGUGCAUGUUUUCGGAAGGGUGAAGAUGAGAGACACAUUUCUGUAGGAGCCAGAGCCUUUGCAAGAUAUUCACCCGCGGAAGAUAAUUAUCUUGAUGAGGAUGAAGAUAAGGGAGGUAUUUUGGCAGAAGAGGCCGAAGUCUCUCAAGAUUAUUCACCCGCAGUUAGUUCCUUCACCUGCAAGAGACGGUACCGAAGGUCCAAAAAAGAGGUGCCUGAAAAGUUGGUUUCUUCAACUGAGCGAGCAACAUUUCAAAUGGACCUCAAGCAUACUCCUUCUCUUGGCUUGUGUGACUCCACAUACAACAUGCUCCUCAAAUCUGGUGCCUCUGCAGCCCCUCAACAACCCUGUCGCAAUGAAGAAAGCUUGAGUGGCUCAGCACUUUUGCCAUCCCAAUCGCAACCUGUCAAUUUUAGCUUAUUUGGCUCUUUUAUGCACUUCCAGUCAGAACCUACAUUUUCUGCCUCUGCAGACACUCUACCUCCAGCCCGUUCAAUUGAUUGUAGCUCAUUUGGCUUUUCACCUGCGCAGUUCCAGUCAGAACCUGCAUUUUCUGCCUCUGCAGACACUCUACCUCCACCCCCUUCAAUUGGUCGUAGAUCAUUUGGCUUUUCACUUGCGCAGUUCCAGUCAGAACCUGCAUUUUCUGCCUCUGCAGACCCUCCACCACCUUUCAGUGAUCAUCCGUUCUCAUCACUUCACCUUCCUUGCUCAGCUCCUCCUCCAAAAAAAACAAUUCUAGUCAGUGAGUCACUGGAGGCACACAAGAGCUCAGAACGACAAGAUUUUGGGAUUGCAUGUUAUAGGAGUAUAUCACCACCCCCCGAACGUCAAGUCCAAGUUUUGAAACUGGCCAGUCAUCUAUUAAAUGCUGACACUCCAAGUCCAGUUGAUGCACCGAGAAAACAGAGGUUGCAAGAAAAAAGGUUGCGAACACUUGAAUUACGAGAAACUCAUGUAAGUCCAGUAGUGUUUUCUUCUGGGACAAGACUGGCCCUGGGAAAAUAUCCCCUUUGUUUAAAACGAAGGUCCUUGACAUCUUUACAUCACAUGGGGAGAAGGUCAGCGGUUCCUGAAGCACUGAAGCUCAGAUGGACAAAGAUCUUCCAGAUGCAGCAUUCAGAGGGCUACUGGGAGUUAACCACAGACCUGGGUGAUUUCAUAAAUGUCGAUGUAGAUGUCUUCGCCAACGUGUUCCUGAAAAGCAAGGGCAUCAGUUCUCUAGGUGUGAGGGCCCAUGCAGACAUCCUGAAGCUGGUGGCGACUCUUCUGGUUCUGCAGCUGAUGAGGGUGGAGAAUCUGGAAGAAGGCAAACUGCUUCGCACCCUCUUCUGCAUGGAUGACUCCUCUCAGCCCAGGCCUGAGUGGUGGGAGGAAGUGAAGAAGGCGGUGGACUGGGUUCGCUGGGCUGACCGGCAGUACCCCUGUGUCUACAGCCGGCUGGAGUUUGGUUCGAGCUGGGAGUCCUCCACCCGUCAGCUGCUGGGCUACGAAGGCCUCCCUCCCUUCUCACCUCUCAGUGGUCUCAACCUGCAGAGGAACGCUACCCCUGUACUGGUGCACUGAGCAUGUCAACAUGACUGAGCGAACAUGAAGAGUUGAUGGUGUGAGGGAUAUUCAUAACCUGUUUGCCUUUUUGAAGGGAUGCGAUUAUCUUUUAGAUUUAUUUUUUCAUAGAUAUGCACAUUUCUUUGCCUUAUGUAAAGCAAUUUUACAUGCACUGAAAUAACCAGAUACAGUUGGCUUUCUGCAGUAACGUGAUGAGAAACAUGUUUCCUUCAUGGGUAGGGUAAUGUACUGGAGAAAGCUAAUUCCAUGACCAUGUAUACUUUGUUUAGUAGAGGAUAAAUCUUAUGCCUGCUGCAUGUAUACACAGUGUUUGACUAAAUGUCUAACCUUGUUUCAGUGAAUGCACUGUGUAUGGAAGUUGCUAUACCAAUGAAUUGCCUUGCCUUACACAAAUAACUUCCUUCCAGCAUAUUUGUUACUUCAUUGUAGAAUAGAAGUUCAAAAAGUAGAAAGACAUACAGGGACUAAAUGUAGAAUGGAAACAUUUUAGUAUUUAAGUCCUUUAAUUGAUUAAGUUUAGUACUCAAGUACUCAUUAUGUUUUACUAUUUGAUGUUUUUGGAUCAAUAUGUAAGUUGCAUUUUACUGCUGAUUUACUGCUAGAUGUUUGAGGGUGUGCUGAUUUUAUUUCUUUAUAUUCUGUUGGCAAUGCAUUAUAAGAUCAUCAUGUAUUUGUAACUUCGCUGUCUUGUGAGAACAACAUAUCUCCAAAAAGUCAACUUUUCAUGAGCUCAGAAAAUCAGCCCUGUUUUCAGCUUUGUGACGAUGCAUUUUCCAGCUGAUCCAAAGGGGAUUGCUGAGUUUGGGUGAAGACAUCAUCACUAUGAGUCAGCAGCAGAGAGAGGGAUGAAGAAAGAGAAGUGGAAAGACCAAACAUGGACACACCAACACACAAAAAUUACACCCAAAGACAACAUGAAGAGAGAAUAUUUAAGGGAUAAGCAGAAGGCAGAUCGACGUUAUUCCUCUGCAGACCAAAAGACUAAAAUAAGUGUUUGGGAUUUGAACAACAAACAAAAAGGACGCUUCAGAAUAUCCCUCAGUGGAUUUCAGGAGAUCGAGGGACAGAGGAUUACCACGUCCAAAUUACCUGAAGAAUUAUUGCAUUCUCUUGUUCAACUGCAUGGACUGAGGACUUUUAGAGGCAUUUUUGCGGGCUUUGAACAAAGCUGCAGUUCUAAAGCGGAGAAAGGAUUUCACUGCAGGACAACUCCUUCCUCGCCCUCUCUCUCCAAAUAGAAGACUUCCAAAUUACUCAAACUCAGCAAUUUUUAAUCAGGUUUUGGAUUUUUAAUCAGUUAUUAUUGAUCAAUUUUAAUCAGUAUAAGUUGUAUGCUUGCCUGUGCUUCAUUUUGUAAUAAAAUUAUAAUCCCUGCAUUCAAAGUA